CGACCCAUUUUGCGGCCAACGAACAAGGAAUAAAUGGGAAAAGGAAAAGGGAAACGAAAAGGCAGCAGGCAUAGCCGACAAUGUCAUUGGCACUGUACGUAAUUGCACAUGUACUGGGCGCUUCACGAGGCCAGUUUCAAUCUCCAAUCUCUGCCGUCCCCGCUCCCGACGCUCCAUAUCCCUGCUUUCGUACCGUGGUAGAGAUGGAUGACAAGUUCAACUCCCAGGCGGCCAGUUUCUCGGCCGUGUUUGCUCACCGAAUCCCCCUCCUUCCCCUGCUCAAUAAGCCCUGCAAACCUGCUCUCUUUUCGCAGUCUCCGAACAUGUGGUCCCGCCGUUCCUUGUUGAGCUGGAUCCAAUAAGAUAUGGAGAAUUGUGUCAAAUUGUGAAAGUGGUCUUAUGGAGCUGGGGGUGAACCGCCAAGCGCUGCCGGCCGCAACAACGA